CCCCUGCCAGGCCCCCCGACGUGGGUCCCCAUCCUGGGCCAGCUGCAGAGGACCCUGCAGAUGGGCGACUACCUGCCCCUCCGCCCGCUGCCCAUGUUCGAGAGUAACUUUGUGCAGGUGACCAGUCGAGGGGCCCCUGUGUACGUGCACCACAGAACCAACCAUCUGACCAUGGGCGUGGCUGCCUCGCUGCCUGGCCCGGUGCUGCCCGACCUCCUGCUCAUCGCCAGGCCCUCUGAGAGCCCGGACUGCUCCAACCUCAUCCUCACCAGGAUGAUCCCGCUGGACCUGGUUCGCCUCUAUGUCCACAACCGGCCGGGCCGGUGCCUGAAGCUGCGCUUGCUCACAGGCCGCUACUACUACCUGGAGCUGAACGCCCCCGACAGGGAGAUGGCCUUUCUGUUUGACCGCUGGAUCCGCCUCAUCAACCUGCUGCAGGAGCCCACCGCCUGCUGGGCCCCCCGGACCCUGCACACACCCCUCUCAGACCUGGCCUACGUGGCCCCUCCUGCCUCCACCUGGCUCCUCCAGAACCAGCCCCGCCGGAGACGCUCAGCCGUGGCCGCGGCUCUUCCCAAGAUGCUGACGUCGCCCAAGCAGAAGAAGGCCAAGGCCAGCCGGCCCCAGCCGGACCGCGGGGCGGCGUGCUGCGCCCCCUCUCCGGCCUGCGCCCCCUCCCAGCCCCUCCAGAGAAGGUUCAAGUCCCAGGCCGUGGGUGACUCGGUGCCCCUCAUCUGGUCGCAGCUGGAGCCCCCCAGCGCCAGGAAGAAAGCCUCCGAGAAAAAGUCCCGCCCCGACCCCGGCAGUCACGGCUCUCAGACCAAAGCCGCCGUCUCUGGACCCCGAGUGAAGGGCCCGGUCCCCUCCGCCCCAGUGAAGCCCAACGUCACCAUCAGGACCAUCUUCAGCAUCUUUUCCAGAACUUUCAGCUCACAGCUGUCCUCUCCCAAGGGAUGCUCACCUGCCGGGGCGACGGUGCUUGGCGGGUUAGUUGAGGCCCCUUCACCUGGUGUCUCGAACAGCACUGACGUGUCCUUGCUGGUCUCCUACAAGCACGUGUAUAUGCGAGGGGACCUGGCGGACCCCGACUCCAGCACCCUGUCCUCCAGCACCCUCUACCCGCCCACCCCCUCUCCCAGCCUCUGCCUGACCUCCUGCACCUCCAGCCCCAGUCAGGGCAGCCAGGCCUGGCCCCAGGACCCCGCGCACAGGCCACGGCCCCCGCCCACCCCGAAGACCCCCUCGCCCCAGGCCGCCUCCCGGAAGGCUCCGGCCACCCGUGAGCACCCCCAGAAGGUCCCAGCGGAACUGGCUCCAUCUCGGGAGGCCCCGGCGGGACCUGCUGCCCCCAAGAAGACCCCAGCUCUAGCUUCUGCCCCCCGGAAAGCCCCAGCUGGCCGGGCCCCAUGGAAGACCCCCCGGUUUGCGGCCAUUCCCCGGAAGGCCGCGUCUCGUCCUGUCCCCUGCCCGGAACCAGGGUCCCUGUCGUCCCCAUCGCCACAGGCGCUGACCCCGGGCACCUGCUACCAGAUGGCCUGCGACUCUGCCCACUUGGGCGCGGGGCCGGCGGGCAGCCAGGCGGGGGUGGCGCUGGAGAGCAGCCAGCCCGAAGGGAAGACGGAGCCCCCGGUGCUGGUGGGCACCCAGGAGACCCAGGUCACGGAGGUGUGGGCCCAGAAGAUGUCGCUGGAGCUGCCCGGCCACACGGCCCGGAGGGAGAUCGAGGAGGUGGUGGUGGGCAGGACCCACGAGGUCGCCCUGGACGGCCUGAAGGGCAGGGCCCAGGUGGAGGACAGGCUCCGCAGCUCCAAGGAGGAGAGGCUGGUGGACCUGCCCGGCCUCAGGUCCCAGGCGACGGGGCAGCGGAGGAAGUGGGUGAAGACGCAGCAGCUGGCGGUGGAGGGGGCCCCGGGGGCGCCCGGGAGGCCCUUCUCCGUGGAGGACCUCACCCUGGCCAGGAUGGCGAUCGUGGCCAAGGCCAAGGAGCCGCCCUUGAGACCGAGGCUGUUCGGGCUGCCGUCCUGGCUCUGGUUUCCCCAGGCGUUGGCCCGGUCAACCAGGGGCCCAAAGCCCCUCGGCCCCCGACAGGCGGCCCCCGAGCAGCCCCGGAUGGGGCCCUGGGUGAAGGGGGGCGUGGGCCUGUUGGUGGAGGAGACACUGAGCACGCAGGCGGCGGCGGCAGAGCAGGAGAAGCUGCCCUCGGCCCAGAGGGGCUCCUUCAAGGUGCGCCCCCGCUGCCCGAGCGUCCCCAGAAGCCCCAAGCUGGACAGAGUGUCCCGGGCCCCCAUCCCCCUGCCCGCGACGAGGUGGGAGGACGUGCCAUCGCCCGCCGUGCCCUCGCCCAUCUCCAAGAUGGAGGCCAUGGUGUCCCAAAAGCUCCACAGAGAAGCUGCGGAGGCGGAAGGGGGGCCGCCCCUGGAGAGCCUGGUGCCCAGGCUCCUGGAACUUGAGAAGGGGAGGAACACGGCCAGCGCGAUGGAGCAGACAAAGGCCAGACGGCCUGUCUUCACGCCCUGGCCCAGUGUGCUUACUGAGCGCGCACUGCCCUCUCCCCAGCAAGCAUGGAGCUCAGCGCUUUCAGUAGCCGGAUCCGGGAUCGCACUCAGUCGCUACAAGGUCCGGAGGGAUCCAAUGUGGCCAGGCCCCCGGCGCCGUGGGCGCUACGUGAAGAAGACGGAUGCUGGCCAGGCCGGGCGGGGGGCGCCUCGGCUCCAGUAG